GGAUCCGUCUCAAAACGAUCUUCAUGGUCAUGUGCAUUUACGUGCAAAAUUCGAAAAGGAUCGGUCCAUAACGAGACUUUUGGUACACCUGAAUGCAUUUAAACUUUUCGGAAUUUUGUUACUCUCAUACCUCCGCAACCGGAUGUUGCGCGCGAAAACGGAGUUCACGCCUAUGUACACCAAUCAUUUGGCUACACAAUGUCAAAAAGCAACCCAAAAAAGUAUUUGAAAGUGCGCGAAAGCGAAUAUUCCCGUCAAUGUACACGAUUUUAGCGCUAUGUACCGGGCCAAAUCCCUUAAAUUCAAAUUUCCCGAUUUAUGGGGAGUUAGCCGGAUACCUUUGACUAGACUUCGUCACAUGUAGGCAAUAUCAGCCAAAUCUGGAGAACUACAAUCAGUGGAACUUGGAUAGCUCAGAACUAUGAAACGUUGCAAGUUUUUAAUUUGAUCGUUGGAGUUAUUUCGUGACAGACAACUUAUAAAUCACACACCGUGUGUGACACACGAAUACGAAAGUUGUUUUGUUUGUUGUGCCGUAUCAGCGGGUUGCUUAUGCUCUAGCAUGUUCCCCGAAUGGAUAUCGCUGUCGUCGACUUUUUGCGACGAUGAUGUGGCUAUGCGUAGCCCCUUCCAGUCACUGCCACGGGAAGUGCUGGUGGAAAUGUGUCGCAGUGUCUGCAAGAACUUGGCGGAUCGACCAGCAGCUGCGCCAGCCAGCCAUCCCCUUCCCAGUCCCGCACUGUCUCCCGCAAUGUCGCCUUUGUUAACAUCUGGGACAGGCAAUGCCCGGACUGAGUUGCAGAUGCGAUUAAGUAACAGCUCCGUGCAGAGUGUAUCCGUUAACCUGGACAGCGGGAGAGCGCAAACGGGAUUCUUUCAAGGAGGCACUCACGGGAUGCCGUUGGGAUCGGAAGAAUUCAUCCAAUAUGCAAUUGAGAUCGUGUGCUAUGCACUAACUCUGGAUUUCAGUGAACAUGAAAUUAUCCGAGAUGCAACAUUUAUUUUUUGCGACUGGUUGACUGCACUCUCGCCAUCACCAAAGCCAUCCGUUCCGGAAUGUAUAUUGCAAAACCCAAACCUGUACGCACAAAGAAUUAUCAAGAAUUUAUCCAGUUUGUUUGUUCCAAGGGAAAAGCCAGCUCCGGAACAAACGUCCAAGGAACGGGAGCAAGUUACUAAGCCACAGGAACAUACUUCAAAGCAAGACCAAAAUUCAAAGCACCAAGAGCAGAUUUCAAAGCAGCUGAUGCUCUGUCAUCGGGCUCUUCGCACUAUUCCGGAUGUCUUUCGCUCAUCUACUAUUUUAGAAACUGAAACAUGGGAAGUCCUUCUGCAGAUGCUCCUAUCAGUUUCUGAUACCGUACUGAGUCCGCCUUCCGAUCCCGAAGAUUUUGCUCAACAGAUCUCUAAACGCCUUCUUGCUGUUCUGUUUGAUGUGUGGCUGCUGGCGUGCCAAAAAAGCUUUCCCGCUGUGGUUUACUGGAAAACAUUUUUCCACAUGUGUCGUAUGUGGAGGCAUAGAUUGCCUGUGGUUGAAGAAUGGCUUCGGAUUUCAACUCUGCUUUUUGAAAAGUUGAUCCAUGAAAUGAACGGAAAAGGCGGAAAAAAUUCGAUCAUGUUUGCAUCACCCGAUCCAACGAAAUCGUAUCAGGACUGGAAAAAUAUGGAAAUUCCCCCAGGAAUUUGUGGAAAUGAUUUAUUGAUGCAGAUUUUUAUCCGAUUCUUCCUACUUUUGGGAAAUGUGGCCGAAGUCGCGAAUAACGAAAGCGGGAAAAGGCCGCCAGAGAAACUUAUGCAUAUGAUCUCGAUUAACACAUUCGAUUCGGGAGCAACUCUGUCCAGUUUAUCUCCCCGACCACCGUCCAGUGCGCCGUUAAUUUUUCUGAAGGCCAUGACGGGGAUCACGGUGAUGGUCGAUCUCGCUAUGGAUAUGUUGGCCAGUAUGGACGCAUACUUGGAUAUCUCAUGGCCAGAGAUGAGCACGAACGCACAGGAUAUUAGUACUGCUUACCAGACUCAUUCAGCAACUGUCAAGGAAUCUCUAAUGCUUCAACGUAAAGGUCGGCCUUUUCGGUGUGAAAAUCGGUUGCCGUGUAAAGGACUCCUGUAUCUUUUUGGGCCGUGGUUAUUUCAAGCAAGCGUGGUUGGCCGACCUAAAAGUGCAAAACAUUCCAAGCAAAAAGAUGACUCAUUGGAGCACAAAGAUCCACUGGACAUUAUAUUCCAGAUGACUGCCGAGAGCGCUAUUUGGCAGCCAGGUCGAGCCGAAGCCAUUGGAACUUUAUGUCGGUUGUAUUCCUUUUUGGCGAAUGGCGAAACGCUGCAUCAGGGGUUGUUAGCGCGCAUGGGACUGGUGUUGGCUGAGGCAUUACAUUCAGAGGAUUCAAGUGGAUUUGUAAUGUCCAGUGCAAUUCGAAAUUGUCAUGAUAUCUUCCGGGCUAAUUUUGUUGGUAUGGAAUCGCUUUUGCCAGUGCUUGUUCCUGCGCUGGAAGUAGUCUUGUUGCAAAAACUGGAAAAAUCACAAUUGUACCCGGAAAUUAGUCCAGAAGAUCUUCGAUCCGCGGCAUUACAUAUAUUGUCAUCGGUUGUUUGUUUGCCAAAAUACUUUGAUCUCUUGGCUUGUCAAGAUAUUCGCGCUGCAUUGGAAAUGUACCCUGCACGACCUGACAGCGAUACUUUUGGUUCGUUGUCUUACCGCCUCCUGGAUUUACUUUUGCAAAGUAUUUUCAAAGAAACUAACCCGGCAAACUGUAUGCUGCUUCUGGGGAGUCUGUAUGUUUUAUUUACGCAGUCUUUUACCCACUUCAGUGUGGAAGAAGCUCCGGAAAUCAACAGCAAUUUUGGACACAAGGUAUACACUGCCAUCACGCACUUCUUGCAGAAUCCUGCGUGGCAGCAAGACAACAAUUUGUCGUACGCUUGCUUGGAAUUCCUGCAUACAUCGUCCCGCUAUGGCCAUCCGUCCUAUAAUCUGCUCUCGCAGCCCACUAUAAAAAUGGUGGUUCUAAGUUUAUGCCAAUAUAUUCGUGACCAGGCACAACGUCCGUCGCGAAAUCACUCCAAAGAUCUGCAUAAUAAAAUCGUUUUAGCUUAUCAAUGCUUGGUGGCUUGGAUGCAUAUUCAACCGGUGUUGAUGCAAGAUCAGGAGGUUUUGAGCACGGUGACCGAGGUAGUGGAGAUUGGCCUAACCGGAAACAAACCUAAUGCCGAAAGAGGUGCCAAAAACUACGUAUUGAUUUCCACGCGUGUUCGUGACGCGGCUGAAUUAGUAUUGCUGGUACUGUUGGAAUUAAUUGGUUCCAACAACGAUCCGGGAUGUUUCCAGUUUGCGGACAACGUUGUAACUGAAGAAGAUCUCGUUACGAGCCCGUUAGACCGCUUCCUGUACUUUACGAUCGAUGGAACAUCCAUUAUGGCCAUUCACUGCGGCCCGGGAUCCGGUGGGCCGGUGCAUGUCGUACAGCGUUCUUUGACAUGUCGGCGCGCGUUCGUUUUCCAACCAGUGGCAACGGUCAGUGGUACGAAGAAGAAGGCGGAAACUGUGGAAGAGAAACCUGAGUGCGCAGUGGCAGAGCAACAUCAUGACCAGCAGGAUAUCCGGUUGGGAAGGGAAUCCGAUUGGGAUUUUGUGGCUUUUAGAAAUGAAGUGCCAGGAUACAGCAAAAUCGAAAAAUGCAAGGCAGACGACAUGCUGCCGACUUUUGCUGAUUUGUGCAAAAAUAACGAAACACUGGAAAAGGAACUAGCCAUGUUUAGCGAAGUGUUCGAACAGGUGGAUCGCGAAGUAGUGUUUUCCUUGCCAGAGCCCAGCUCUUAUGCACCGUACAAACCCCCGUCCAUCCAUAUGGACCAUCAUGCUUCCAGGUUGGCACAGUUCCUUAACGUUCAGACCUUCCUGUCAUGCUAAAAUAUUUCGAAUUGGGGUCUUUCUUGUAGCGAUGCGGAAGCUGUAAUUGUUUCACAGUUCCUGUAUCAUAUGGGACUGAAACCGCCUUUAAUCGAGUCCCGAUCGCUGUACCGCACACCCUACACGGUUGAGCUGGACCAUACUAAUCCUGCACUGAAAGAAGCCAUGGUGAAUUUGGAUCGAGUAUCCUUUCGUCCUUUGGAUUGGAUGUUGACAUUCUGUAUAAGGAAAGGGAGGAAUACUGUCGACGAAAUUGUUCAGAGUGGUGAUGCGGUGGAGAAUUGCAGCGAAGAAUAUCGGAAAUUUCUACUCUCAAUGGCAUGGCCUGUUAAAAUGAAAGAAUUAUUUGAUCGGAAGCCGGCGAAGUCCAAAGCUGUUCCUAAGUCAGUUCCCGAAGGUAUUGUGAUCUUAUCAGAUGUUAUUAGAUUUAAGUGUGCCGAAAGGUUCUGCUGAUCUAGAUUGCGUAACUUGCUGCAACUCUUACUUAAUAUAGUAGAAAUAAAGGUAAAAUUGAAAGAACGAGCGAAUUUCAAAUUACAAAAUACCGUAUGCGCUCUGUGACCCUUACAUUUUCCCAAUUUAAUGUGUUUCCUGUUGUAAUGUAAUCAUGGAAUAGUCUUCUCUUACAAUUAAUUAGUACUCGUAUAGAUAGUUAGU